GAAAGGAACACGUGACAACCUUGCCAGCUCAUACAGUGCAGAGGAAGAAAGAUGGCUGACUGGGGCAGAGGUUCAAGUCCCGGGGCGGUAGAGGAGAUGCUUGAUGCAGAAAACAAACGUCUUGCAGACAAUCUUUCUACAAAAGUAACACGGCUCAAAUCUCUUGCAUUGGAUAUUGACAGAGAAGCCGAUGACCAUAACACGUAUCUGGAUGGAAUGGAUUCAGACUUCAUGAGCGUGACUGGUCUUCUGGGCGGCAGUGUCAAACGGUUCACAGGAAUGGCUCGUUCUGGGAAAGAUAAUCGCAAGCUCUUAUGCUACGUUUCGGGUGGUCUUGUAGGAUUGUUCUUUAUUCUAUACUUUCUGGUGUUCCGAGCCAGCACGUGAUUGAUGAUACCCCUUCACAAAAAAGACAUUCUUUAUUCACACUGCCCUGUGACUCACAGCCAGGGAGGGGUAUAUGGCCUAUCAGCCAGGAUGCUGAAACCUGGCAUUUCCAGAAAUUAAUUAGGAUAAUUCAGUCCCAAACAAGUGACCAAAAAAAGAUCGCCCGGCCACUUUGUGAUCAAUAUCUGCCUAUGGUCAAUGUCAUGUAUGUUUGGUG